CCACGAGCCACGUCAGUCAGGCGCAGGAUACCAUCACCGAAAGAACUAGGGAAGAAGUGUAGUUUGCACUAAUUUGGAAACAAGGCAACGAAUAUAUAUGAAAUUUCAGUGAUGCAAGUGAAUGCGUGUUUUUGUAUUUCUGACAAGUGAUAAAAAAGUAUCAGGGAUAGUCGCAUAGCAGACCUCUGGAAACUCUAAGCCUUAUUUUAUAUAUAAUACGAGAAUUAAAUGAGUAAGCCAAACACUCCAGUGAUCUGUUGAAUAACUUGUGAGGGACGCUUGAGUGAGGUGGUAACCCAAGAAUACAGCACUCAACUAGCCAUCCACGGUUCUAAACAAAUAUGUUGUGGAGGAAAAGUUAUCAGGUGUGGGUAGUAGUGGUGGCGUCGAUGGCGGUGUGGGCGGCGGGUGGUGAAGUUACCCACUCUUCCACGCCCAUCAAUAGAGACAGUGCACGCUUACAGGAGAUCAGGAAGAAGAUCUUGGAUGUGGUAGGCAACUCAACAUCGACGGUGUACAGUAUGAGCGGAUUGAUGAAUCUACUGCAUACCGACACUGGGCGAGAGCUGGGUAGGCUCCUGGUGGAGGGAGUCAUGCUGGGGGUGCAACAGAAGGAUCGAAGUGCGCUCCUUGGUCAAUUCUGGAAGGAGCUACAAGAGCGAGUCUCCCCUGAGCUGUUGGAGGCUUUUGAUGACUAUCGAGAUUUCUUCUCUGGAAUAGAUAUGGCAACGGUACCCCUUAUGUGGGAGCAAAUCUUCCAAAAGGACGAGCUGGGCAAUAGUCUGGCCGGGAUACCUCUCGGCCAGCUGGUUGACCUGGUACAACCCUCAGCUGCUAAGUAUGGCAUUGACAUCCGGGCCUUUGUGAGCUCCCUCAUGGGUAAAGGGGAUAACAACGCCAAGGACCUCAUAAUUAACGCCAUCAGCAAUCUAGAUUUAUCAACUUUCAUGAAUUCAUUUUUAAACUCAACAUCAAAUACCAAAUCGUUACAAGUGACAGAAUCUGAUCACAAGACGACCACCAACACCCGCCCCAAGAAUGAAGAAAAACAAAAGACUGGAAAAGGAAACAGAACCUUGCGGUUGUUCAGACCACUUGUGGCGUCACUGCUGCGUGAGUACGAAGUAGAUUUAGACGCUGACGCUGUGCUGGAUGUGUUGUCACCGCUUCUGAGUGGGGACCUGCUGGCCCAAGCCGCUCCUCUCCUGGCCAUGUUCGGCUCUCAGGCCGGAGGGGGAUUAUCUCCCAUCAUUGCUAAUCUAUUAGGGGGUGGAGGAGGACAACAAAAGCAACAGCAGAUGGGUGGUCUUUUGGGAGGACUGGGCGCCCUGCUGGCGAGUGGAGGAGAGAACAAGAUGGACCUCGAUGUUAUGAUCAAUCUGGCAUCAAUGUUCAUGGAUAGUGGAAAACCUUCCAAAAAGAACACCAUGAAUAACAAAAAGAAGGAAAACCCUAGGAACAGUGGUUUUGAUUUAGGUACUCUGGUAACUGUAGCAGGUCAAUUGGCAGAGAAAAACGAUAUAAAUGUCGCCUCCAUUUUAGACACCGCAGCGCGUUUCCUUAAACCUGAUUCUAAGAAGAAAUCAACUCAACCGAAUAACAAAGCACAACAAAUCGUAGAAAUACCAGCCAGUGAAAAGCGAAAGCCUGUUAAAGAAACAAGUAAAUCUCAGCCCCCAAAAGUAGAAAGUAAAGCUACCCCGAAGCCGAACACCACAUCUAAGAAAAGCAGGAGACAGAAGAAUCUCAUUGAUGUACUUGAACCAAUACUUCUGUCAAUGCAAACGGAUAAGAAAUGUAACCGCAAGAUUAAAGAUGCCAUCCAAUUUGGCAAGGCAAUGCUGAACAACAAAAUGGCCAGCCUGGGAGACAUUAGCCAACUGAUACCGUUCCUCUUGUCAUCGGUGAUGAGUGGGGAUACCAUGAACAUGGGCCUAAACACAAACGACAUGGUGGCUGCUAUGAAACAAGCUUUGGCUUACGCCAGCUGGAGUGAUUUCAUGGAAAGUUUUGAGAACGAAAAUUACCGUGAGACUUUUAUCAGAAGCAUCACCCCACAUAUGGCGCAGCUUUUGGUACUCCUAGCUAAUCAAGGUACCCAGGACAGGUUGUACGACGAAGCAAUUCCCCGAAUAGAGGCCUUUCUCGGUGCCUAUGGUCUGCCUGGUGUUACCCUUCACAAUUUCCCUGAGCGCCUCGCCCCAAUAGUCGGACUCCUAGCCAAAGGCUGGAGUCUACCCUUUAAUCCCACUACUAUCUUAGUGCCACUACGGGACUACCUGAAAGGUCUGCAGGCGUGGGCCAAAGCAGGGCUCACGCACCUCCGUAGUCUGUCUACACCAGAGGUAGAGACAUUGGUAAUGAGGUCACUGGAAGAGGAGGUGAGUAAGCCGGUGAGCGGGGUGAUGACAAAGACCAGUGGGGCCUCGCCAGAGUGUCUGCCACAGUUGCUGUGUCAGGUCAACUCAGGUCUUCCCCAGGAUUCCCUCAAGGCCGCCGUCACCCGCAUAGCCAGUUUGGUGCUGGCCUCAGGUCCAGUCCUUGAGGAGUCUGACUCUUCACUGUUAGUGAAAACUGUGCAGGCCAUUUCUGGUACCACUGACCAGUGUAAGGAGGUAUUCCCAGGAAACUGUACUACAGAAGAAACAGAUGAUGAUGAUAUGAUGAACCUUGAUUAUGAACACCAAGAACUCUAGAAAUCGUCUCCUUGACCAUACACAACAGUUAACAAAAUACGACAUUGAGAUAACAGACAAGAUUCUUUUCAGGGUUGUACAGUAUUCGAGGAGUUAUACCAAAACUUUAAUAUACCCAAUUUAAAAAUUAAAACAAUACUCUGGCCUGUGCUAUGUGAUAUACUGUAUUGUUGUAAAGUCAAAAUGCUAACUGUAUGACUAAAGACAGUGAAGAUAUUGGUGUUACAAUUGAUAGUGUGUGGAUGGUUUAGUAAGUGCCUCACCAACUGUAAUAUGAUUUUUUUCCCCCGUGCAUCCAAGCAUUAGUGUGUGCUCAAGGUUUACCAAAGUGGAGCUUACGUAGAAGUAUUCUUUGCCUCUGGUCUCUUCAUUUUCAUUUACACAAAACAGGUAGUCAUUAUCACAUGGAGUGAAGGGCUCAAAUUAUUAUUGGACUUUUAAUAGAUAUUUUAUGUUUUAUUAAUUAUUGAAUGUUGUGAGGGGCUUCAGCGAAUAAGGCUGAACAGUGCAGUACUGUACUGGAUCACCCUCAAGACCAAUAAAGUUUUAACCAAAUUUUUUUUGAUGAUAAUGCAUAAAAUAUUGAAAAGAUUUUGCUAUCUUUAUUAGAUUGUGUUUAUGUAUGAAAUGUGAAUUAUGAAACAUUUUUUUAUCAUACUGCUGUAGGCCUAUACUAUACUACUACAAUCUGCUCUUCAGUAACUUAGGUACAUUAGCAACAUUAAUACUGUACAGUACAAAUAUCAUUUCAAUCAGUGCAUCCAGUCUUCAUGUUGUUGUGUUUCCUAUUAUUGUAGUUUCAUUAUUUAAAAAAAAACUAUCCUUUUUCAGUAUUCUGUAUUUUUUAACAGUGAAUAAUAAUAAUCAGCACACAACAGUGUAAAGCUGUCAGUGUAUGUGUGGCUGUUAACAUAAACUAGGCAGAUACUGUACAGUACUGUACUGUACAUUGUGGCAUUAAUUUUUUUUUCAUAAGGGUUUGAUAAUGGAAUUUGUGCUUUAAGUAAAAAGGUGUACUCCAUUCACUCUUUUUCAUCAUGGUUACUACAGUCAAUAGUUUUAUCUCUUUUUGAAUAUUGGUAUCUUUUUUGUCUUUGUACAGUAUUAAGCUACGGAUACAGUAUAUUGUAUGUAUCAAAGUAACACUUGUAUAAAGUCAGUUCCACGUAGUAUUACUUAGCCUUGCAUAAUGUGUCUGGGCUUUCAGACUUGCCUUUUGUUUGAUAUUUGUACAGUGUACUUCUUGAAAAGUGGUCGAAUGAAAUGUAUGUGAAGUAACUUUCACAAUACAGUAUACAGGUAUAAAAUUUUAUACCAUU